GUAGUAGUAGGGAUUUUAUUUUGUUUGGCGAAAACUUUGUCUCUUGUGAUUGAGACUUGGAUUUGAAACUUUCCCUCGCCAACAUUGCAAUGGAAACCAUUUCAAUUUCUGACCUUCUCCGGCGUCGUCGCCCAAUUUCCGGCGCAUUUUCCGUCGCCCAUUCUCAUCCUUCUCGUACAUCUCCUCCACUUUCAGCUCAAUCCAAAACUCCAAACCCUAACUCCCCUCAUCCCAAAAUCCUCAAUUCUUACUUUCAACCUUCCAUAAUCGUUGGAAUUCUUUCUCUCCCGGUUAACAUCCACUCUCCCUCUUCCAAUGUUCGUGAACUCUCCCUUUUCUUUUCAGAUGCUUCCGGUUCUGUUUUAUGUGAUGUUAUUGAUUUUGAUAUUCGCAUGAUUAACACUAAAAUCAAUGUUCUUGCCUGGAAUUUCAUCCCUAUUAAGCAGUCUACUGGAUUACUCGAGAUUAUUAAAUGGGAAUUUUAUCAAACUUUGGGUUCUAGCAAUGGUAAUGUUACUUCUUUUCCCUUGGGUUUUCAAAACAGCGACAUUCAGGAAGAUGCUCAUAAGAAGGCAAAAUAUAGUGUUUAUGGAUUAUUGGUAUCUGUAAGUCCUGUUUCAUCCGUCCCUUGCGCAAAUCUAGCAGUUACAAACAAUGAUUAUGCUUUCAUCAUGGAGAUUCUGUGUUGUGAUUGUAAUUUGUGCACAAAUUUGGUUAGCAUUUCUGAUAAUGCAGUCAUAGGGACGGAUGCACAUAGUUUUUGCAGUGCCAAUUAUGUUUACUUUUGUGGGAUUUUCUUAUCUUGGUACCCUUUGUUUUCAAAGCUUAUAGGAAGUAUAAUUUUACUAUCGGGAAUGAGAAAGAAGUUAGUCUACAUCGCCAAGGAAGAGGCACAGUUAAUGUUUGUCCCUACUCAAUUAAGUUUUCUGAAUGUUCCGAAUUCCCAACCAAAAGAAGGUUGUUUGCUUCAAAACUGUUAUCCUAAAAUUGAGGGAAAAGGUGAACUAGGCAUGUAUAUUGGUGUAGUCAGAGGUUUACAUAUGCAAGGCAUGGUUGUUCAAUUGGAUCAAGAAGUUUGGCUCUUAUUAACUGGUCAAUCCAUUUCUCUGCCUAUUAGUGCUCGGGUUGGUUCCAUUAUAUCCAUGAAGAAUGUACAUGUAUUGAAUUCAAAGUUCUGCUGGGGGACUAUGCUUAUACUUGGAGCUUGUUGUAAGAGCAAUAUUAGAACUGUAUCAUUCUCUCCCUUGGAAACUGGGUGUCAGCUGCAGCUGCGCUCGGAGAGUCUUUUGGGGAAGUUCAUUGAUUCUUUGAUUUUCCCAGCCAGAUUCUGGGUAUUACUGUUGGUUCAAUGUUUAAGAAAAAAAUUCUCGGGUGUUUUUUCAGAAAAGGAGAUCUUAGGAACAAAAAAAAUAGAAGGCUUGGUCCAAACUUAUGCUAUGUUUGCAUUAUCUUCCUCAGUUCUUCGAUCACAGUGUGGUACAUUUCUGGAGUUCUGCAAGCAUAAUUCAUGUGGUUCUGGUAACAAUAACUACUACGGCAGUCUAAGUUUGACCAUGCCGUUCACCUAUUUAGUCCAUCAUUGUGAGAGAAUAUGCUUAAAGUCCCUGUUGCAAAUGAAUAAUGGUCUAAAAAUCUUAGAAGGUUGCAACCAAGUUGGUCAUUUGUCCCAAGAAAACAGACUUUCUAAUCAACUAAUUAGGAGGAUCUUGCCAAGCAAAGACAUUGGAGUUUCUUUGCUUGGGAAUUUGAAGAUUUGUCCAGCUACUACGAGAUUGCAAUACAUUGACGCUACAGGGAGCAUCGAUGCUGUUAUACCAGACAUUCCAUCAACCUGGGAUUCAGAUGCUAUUUAUGAGGUUUUGAAUUAUAGUCUGGUGUUAGAAGGUGUGCCUGAAGUGUGGGGUCAAAUUCAUAAUGGCGACUUAUUUUCGUGCAGCAGUUUGUUCGAAACACUUACAAUAGAAAGACAAACAGAUCUAACAGUCUAUGUGCACUUUUCUUGGAGCAAUGUAUCCUGCCGGCAUUUCGGUGCUCAUCCGUGCCAGAGUUCAAUUAAUUCUUUAAAAGUUUACUCUGGAACCUUUCACUUGCUGUGUUUAGCCCACAAAUUCCGUCCUCAAGCCAAGUUUCAUGAUAGCCUGCUUGUGUCAGGCAAAACUCAUUCAUUUGCUGAGUUUAUUGUCUUACCGUGGGAUCUGAAUAUUUCUAAGAAUGAUGGCACAAAUCUUCUGCCAAAAUGGGCACAUGAUCUAGAAAAUGGCUGCCAAAAUGAGUUUCCUUUGAAGAGAUGUAAAACUGAUCAAACAUUAAAUUGUUUUGACAAAGUUGGAUUAUGCGACACUUUUGAGGAAUCUGAAAAGACAUAUUGUGAGCAACCAAGUGAUUAUAUAUCCUUGCCACAUAAAACAAGAAGUUUGAUUUCUAGUGGAUUGACUUCUUUUCAACAUCAUUGUACAUUAAUUGGUAGAGAAGUACACGGUCAAAGUAUGGCUCUACCUGCAAUCCUAUGUUUUACUGGUGACUGUGAAAUUCUUUACACAAGGAAACUUCUUUUGGAGUUCAAUUCUGAAAAUUUCUUCAAGUAUAAGCUCUUGCAAAUUGGCGGCCAUUACAUCAUGAAGCAUUGUUCUGACAAGUGCUUUUGUGAUUCUCAACGCAAAAAUCUGGGAAGUAGCAUGUCUGUCACUUCAGACACAAAGUUUUGGAGCCUGUCAUUUCAUUUUAGUGAAGUCAUUGACUGCAGAUCUGGCACAUGCAAUGAUCGCCCAUCUGCUUCUUGCUCAAUAACUGAGAACUUAAAAGGGUUCUACCGCCACAAUGAGCUUGUGCUCAACCCUGGCACAAGUGCAGAUUUCAGAACUUUUAAUGAUGUUGAUCUCUAUGUGGAAGCAGAUGCAACUGGUCUGCAGGAUGUGCAUAUGAACUUUCACCCCUUGAAUAUGCCCGUCUUAAAUCUGUCUCUUAGUUCAACAAUUUUUCAUAGUAUUGGUCAACCAGCUGGCCCUGGAAAUACUGUAAUGGAUUUUUCUGAAAAUCAAGGAAUGCAUUGUGGACAUGGUCUGUCUGAGGGGAAUUUGAUUUCUGUACAGGGAACUGUGGUCAGCCUUCACCAUCCUAACAUUUGUUCCACUGAUAGAAUUACAUUCAAUGGAGCUGCACACAAUUUUCAUCUUCCGAGAUCUUGCAAUGAAAAGGAAGGCUCAAUAUAUCUGCUUAUGCUGACUGAUGGGCUUUUGGUGAGGGUUUGUGGUCAUCUCAGAAAGCUUGACUAUCCUGUUGGAUUUGGACCAGGUGCAGUUGCUACAUUUCAUAGGAUACUUGCAUGUAGUGGGCAGAAUUGCUUCAUAUUGACUCCAGUAACAUUCAUCACUAUCAAUUCCGUGAGGGAAAUCCCUUCACCUACAGUGAAAUCACUUUGUCCUAUUCAGGGGGAAACUGUAAUUUCUUGUUUAAUAUCUAACCUGACCAAUGAGGAUAUGGGUCGGCCAAGAAGAUUGCGCUGCAGUAUUGUUGCAGUUUAUUUUGUGAUACUCGAAAGAAACAAGGAUUUUGAUAACCUUUUGUCUCGCAAUAAUUCUGGGACACCAGUUGUGGACGUGCCACUUGCUGGCUUUAUUUUGGAUGAUGGGUCAUCACAUUGUUGUUGCUGGACUAAUGGUGAAAGAGCAGCAAUGCUGUUAAAGUUGCACAAAGAAAUCCCUCAGACUGAAUCAGGAAGCAGGUGGCAGAGAUCCAAGGAUGCAGUUAGUGGUAGGGCUUUCAUUACUCCCAGUCAUCAGCUUAACAGUAUCUUGAAGAAGCAUGGGAGGGUGAGCGUGAAAAAUUAUGGAUCCAUACAUGAGACUUUGUGUCAAGAUCUUCACCUUUCUGUUGGCUCAGACUGCACUUUUAGCAGUGAAGAUGAUAGCGCCCUCAAGUUAACAAUGCUCAAUGCUUGUUCUAGCACAUUUUGGAAUGUGAUUGGUCAUGCAAUGGAUAUCGAUGCUGUCAACAUGCUAGAGAAGAUUCUUCAUGAGGAGCAGUUGCCUAUGCAUGCCUUACAAAAUAUCUGGGCAAAAGAAGUUUUCCAACUGAACCCUCUUGCUCAAGCAAAGGCCUUACUGCAAGAACUUUAAUCAGGCAUACAUUGGGAUAUAUGAAAGUGCUGCUAACCAAUCAACAAGCACUAAAAGCCUUCUUGUCGCUUCCAGACCUUUCUUAUUAACUGUUUCCUUUCCCUUCUCUUUACUCGAAAAUAAUUUGCAUGAUCCUUUGCGUCUGGGCCAGCUGUGAAGGUUCACAAUCUGUAGGCUAGCAGCAACUGGAAAGGAAUUGAUAUUUUCGUCUCUUUGACACCAGCAAGUCCACAAUGACAUGAGUUUUGACAGGAUUUAAGGAAAGAGAGAGGAAAGGGUUGAAUUUUUUUUUCCAUGACACUAGCUCAAGUCCACAAUCACCACAGUGAUGACAUGUACUAAGGAAAGAGAGACGACGAUGAUAGAGAAGGAGACACUACUGUAGUUUCUGAUUAUAAGAGUCGACACGUUAUUGAUUAUAAGAGUAAAAACACAACGGACACCCGAAAAAUUGGUCAUCCAUAUAUCUCUUCAUCUCACCUUUUAUCAUUUCAAUGCCCAUUUUAUGACCAACGCCUCCCAAUAAUUACUCAUUAUUUUUAGUUACCAUAUCCAAACAAAAAUUUUUUGGUUAUUUACGUGCCAAGUGUCACUUUCAAACUCAAUGCGCACAAAUUCUUUUUGGUCAUCUCCAUCCCUUGGGCAAACCAUCCAUCUCCCUUAUAUUUUUUUCUCUCUUGAUUCUGUAUUGUUUUGUUUGACCCUGCUAUCUCGAUGCCCACCUCUAAUGGGCAACCGUUGGGUGUGCUCUAAUGUUGAAUGGCAAACUUUCCAAGGUGGAUAUUCAGAAAUUUAGAAAAAGGCUCAGAUAAUUUUGUUUGGAAUUUUUAGAGGUUUCUUUAGUAGGUAUGUGUAGUUUUCUACAUGAAUUCUACACUUUAGCUCCCCUUGAUUUUUUUUCUUGGAACGCCCAUUUGCAUUGGACCCUUAUGAGGACUGCCUGGACUUUUGGAUAUUCAGAAAUCUGCUCUAUUAGCAAGUGAGAAGCAGCUUGGUCGGAAGUUCAAAAUAUUUGACAUCAGCGCAAGUCUUAGCCACUCAAGCGUGCCUUACUUUGGUCUAGGGUAUAUGAACUUCUGUUAUAGACGAGGAAAAUCAAGUGUCUUUGCAAAGUGUUCCACAUGUUCAGACUGCUUCAGAUGUGGGUAAGAUACUUAACGGUAACCAUAACUCGUUCUUAGCCCAUAGUCCAACCCAAUUUGAAACUGGAUACAUGUAAGAAGAAACUUCAGAUGCGCUAAAUAGAGCGAAUCGGACUAGGGAAUAAAAGGUAACCAAGUAGGAUACAACAUUUUAAUUUACAAGUGCAGUUGAUUGUAUUAUUGAGUGGAAUACUUGUUUGUUGUUGCGUUACGAAGUUGUAUAGUCCUUUAUUUAUCUACCCUUGCUUAGAAUUACUUUGAAUCCAAGUACUUUUUUCUUAUAGAAUUCAAAAGUGAGGUUGAGCCUGGUAGACUCUCUCCAAUAAACCUUCUUUGAUGGGGCAGAUUUAACCACUGAGCUUUAGGACUUGGCCUAAAUUGUUGGACCGGAAUGGGGCGUGCCUAUUAUCGGGAGGGCUUUAUAAUAAAAAUAUACAAUUGCGUAGCGUCUGGUCAAUGUUGAUACUUUAGUCUUGUGCAUUUGUAUCGCGAAUCUAGAAGUGCCGAGUUGUUACGUUCACUAUUGCCUCCUAAACUAACCUUGAGCUCGGGCAGGAGGGUCUUUCGCUUACGCAAGCUGUAGCUCGAGGUGACCUUUUGCCUCUUUUGGAUCAUUAUGCCAUUGGCUCCACAUUUCACAGCUUGCACAAGAUGAGACACGAAAUUACUGGCCACGGGUGUGCCAUGAAAAUGUUUUUGAUAUUUAGCAGAAAAUUUGAAAUGAAUAAGUAAAAAAUAUUUAAAAAGCCAAAAAAAAUAAAAGUUGUGAAAUAUUUUUUAAUAUAAGCACUUUUCGAUGUGGUUUAAUUUUGGUCAAAAAAAGUUGAGCUUUUAACGGCGAAUAAAGAUUUUAUC